GUUACGCGUAUUGCGAGGUAUUACACUAUUACAGAGUAUUACUGUGUAUUACAAGCAGAGAAAGUCCACGCGUUAACAAUACAGAAGCCUCCACCAAGAGGUGCGUUCGGUGCGGCGUGCUACAGCGCCGGGAGAGGGCGGGCCGCUGGCUCCACACAGCUGUUUUGCGGGUUGGCCUACCCGCACCCCUGUCAGCUCCCCGCUCCCCUUCCCCGUCCCCAUCCGCAUUCACCCAGAGCACACGAGGAGGGCGAGGACGGACGGACACAGAGUGCAAGCCUAGCGGAAUGCGAGGCGCCGCGAGCGCAGUUGGACGCGUCGACACGCGGACAGGCAGUCGAGGCGCGUCCAACAGCCAGAGCGGUCACGGAGCAAAAUCAAAAAGAAACUACGUGCCAUCGAGCGGCAUGAAGCCCUUCGAGUGUUCUGUGUGCAACAAGAAGUUUACGCAAAGUGGUGCUCUUCGCAGACAUCUCCAAACGCACACUGGGGAGAAACCUUUCGAGUGUUCUGUGUGCAACAAGAAAUUUACGGAAAGUGGUCAUCUCCGCAAACAUCUCCAAACGCACACUGGGGAAAAGCCCUUCGAGUGUUCUGUGUGCAACAAGAAAUUCACGCAAAGUGGUCAUCUCCAUAUACAUCUCCGAAGGCACACUGGGGAAAAGCCGUUCGAGUGUCCUGUGUGCAACAACAAAUUUACGGAAAGUGGUCAUCUCCGCAAACAUCUCCAAACGCACACUGGGGAAAAGCCUUUCGAGUGUUCUGUGUGCAACAAGAAAUUCACGCAAAGUGGUCAUCUCCAUAUACAUCUCCGAAAGCACACUGGGGAGAAACCUUUCGAGUGUUCUGUGUGCAACAAGAAAUUCACGAGAAGUUUCAAUUUAAGCGCACAUUUACAAACUCAUAUUGGUGGUAUUCGUUAAUUAAGCGAAAUUAUAAUAACAUAUGUGCAUCUGACCUACUAGGUGGUAUAGUUUUGAAAUUAUUUACAAUAAGUAUCGUUAAAUUUCUUUUGUUUUGUUCUGCUUUUGUUAAUCCUUUGUGUUGUAAAACAAUCAAAAUAUACCUGUAAAUUUAUGAGAAAAGUUUGCAUUUUACUUUAUUGAAUAGUGUAUUACUUGCCAGGCCUGCGGCCCAAAGCCUCGCACAUGAAGCUAUAUAAUUAUAUAUAAUAUAUAUGUAUAUAUAUAAUGCGUUCGCUUAACAUUGUCUUAUUCUUUAGCAUUUUCAUGAAAUUAUAGUUCUGAUUUGUUAGCAAAAAGCUAAGAAGUCUCUUUUUUUUCUUCAUGUAAUAUAUGUUUUUAGAUAGAUUUUUACGAACACUAAUUUGUUGCGGUUAUCUUGUACAAGUUGCAGGGCGGGGCCGGAAAAUUUGAUAAAAUUUUCCUAGAGUAGAGCUUUGUUACGCUCAGCUUUGAUGAGGCGUAAUGUGAUAUGUAUGUGAUAUGGUCUGUACCAUAACGCAUAAACGCACCCCGAAAUCUUCAAAAUAAGAGUACGCUGCCCCCCCCCCCCUCCACCACCCCAUGACUCCGCGCCGCGCGCUCCCCUCGCUCCCCUCCAAUUCAAUAAUUCAUGUUUCUCAUGACACAGUGAGCAGCGGGGCGCGCGGCACUGGACAAGGCACUAGGCUGCUGGAAGUGGUGCAACAAUAGACAAAGGCUGUGUGUGUGUCUGUCUGUCGUGUCACAUGGCCAGUGUGGGAAGCUGCCAGCGGCCACCGCACAUAAAGUAACGCACGUUCUUUCAAAACAAAUUUUUAUACACACAUUUUUGUUAGUCAAAACACCUUGCCAGUUAGUUGGUAAUUAAGAAAAAAGGCUUCACAUUGGAGUUGCCGGAAUCGAUUGGAGCAAUUGGGAGACGCCUAUGAAAGGAGAAGCAGGAUCUUGCGCGGGCAGACUGCUUCAUCCAAAGUAGAAAACGCUGUCCGACCACUUUCGCUAAUGUGAGAUUGUCUCACUCUU